AUGGCUGAGGUCAACAAAGAUUUGGGAGUCCAAUGGAGAGAAGAAUGGGCCGUUGCUCAGAAAAUCAAGGGGCCCAGCCUGGUAAAUAGCUCUGUCUUCUACCGAAACAUUGAAGCAGAGCUGGACCUCUCGCGGCAAAUUGGCCUCGGCUUCCCAAUUCACACCCCCAGUCAUGUCACAGACUUCUCCUCUUGCGAUGUUCUUGGAAUGGGCGCUACCGGUGCUCUGAGGGAGGAGUUCAUGAAAGAACUUGAGGCCAAUCCUGGGUUCCACAUGGGUGCAGGCGGAUCGCGCCUCUUGGACGGCACUUCAAGGUACCAGGACAUGUUUGAAAGGGAACUGGCAGAGCUCAUGGGUGUUGAGUCGGCCCUGGUGGUGCACUCUGGAUGGACCGCCAACCAAGCCAUCUUUUCGACCGUCCCUCGUUCUGGCGAUGUGCUUGUGUACGACGAGCUGAUGCACGCCACGGCGCUUUCCGGCAUGAAAGUCAGCUUGGCUCUCGAGCAGAGACCUUUCCGUCACAAUGACGUGGAGGACUUCAUCGAAGUCAUGGAAUCUGUCAAAGAAUCAAUCCCUCUCGUCAAAGCGGGCAAGCGGUGUGUCAUCAUCGGCGUUGAGAGCUAUUACAGCAUGGACGGUGAUAUUUGCCCGCUGAGGGAGCUUAUCGAAGCCGCCAAGGAGAUCUUCCCCCAUGGUAACGCCCAGUUCAUCGUCGAUGAGGCUCACAGUUACGGCGUCUGUGGCCCCGAGGGCUUGGGCUUCGUCAGGGAGCAAGGCCUCGACGACGAGGUUGCUAUCAAGAUGGUUACCUUUGGCAAGGCCUUGUCUGGAUCUGAGACUCGUGAUUAUCUGCACGAACUCACGUUGUUCUACUUGGAUACGCUUACCGCCCACCCCAUCUACAAAAAGGCCCACAAGAAGGGAAUCCUUGACAUCCCAAUUCAUGAGGAUGGAAGCUGGCACGAAACACCAAUUACUCACAUCGUGCCUCUCUGGACGCCUCGCCAAAAGCACGCGCUGUACCUGGCUUUCCACCUCACGAGGGACGGCAUCAAUGGAUGCUACAUUGUCUUUCCCAUUGUGGGCAAGGGAGAAGACCGAGUGCGACUGCUACUGCACGCCCACAACACCAAGGACGACGUGAGGAAACUGAUUGACUCGAUCACUACCUGGACUCAAGAGAUGCUGGACAUUGAAGCAAGUGGUGACAAAAACAGACUUCCGAGCGCAGCCCGUCUUGCAUUCGAUCUCAUCAAGAGAGAUAGACAGAUCCCAAAUGGCAGCAACGGCGCCAAUGGCAGCAACGGUGUAGAUGGCGCCAACCUCUUCAAUGCUGUCAAUGGCAGCAGCGCCAUGAACAUUGCUCCGUUGGUCAGUGGCAUCAGUCGGAUGAAUGGCCGAGGUGGGAUCAUUGUUUAG